AUGGUGCAUACGACAAGCGAUAAACUGCCACGUAAUGUCAUAGUGCACCAGUACGACCUUGUCAUCACGCCGUUUUUUGCGUUCAAAGGAUUCGAAUUUGACAAAGGUAGCAGAAACAAGCCUUUUUGCAUAAGCUUUCAGCGCUCCUCAACACCUUCAAAGGGAACGUUAAGAUCACUUUCAACCCGAUUCAAGCCAACAACAGCGUCACGUUGGCGUCAAAUCCGGAAUUUGUCACAAUUCAAAGUGCUGUUCUCUCAUUAGAUGGGACGAAUAUUGAGAUUGCCAGCAACUCAACGGAUUCCGAUGACCAUCUAACAUUGGUGACGAAAACCCCGCUGGAGACGGGUAAGAAUUACACGUUGCAUUUUGUGUUCAACGGCACAAUGGUUAAUGGAUCGAACGGAGGCCUCUUUUCGUUCGAUUACACGGACAAGGACGGGAAGAACACGUGAGUACCAGGGAUUGCCACGGCUCCGGAGCCGGCUCUUGGCUCCGGCUCUGAGCGGCUCCGGAGCCUCCGAGCCGGGAGCCAGAGCCGGAGCCGGAGAUUUUGGGGUCGGCUCCGGCUCCCGAGCCCAAAGUCGGAGCCAGGCUUCCCAGCGGUCAGAAAAGUAAAAAUUCCGUGAUGUUGUUAAACCAAAUUGCUUGAAAAACACUGCGGAGGAUGUGACUUGACUGCAAAAACGUUGGCUGUAUGAUCUCUGGCACUAAUAACUUUUAUUUUUGGAAAAAUAUUUUUAUAAAAACAUUUUGCAUAGGAGCCGGGAUUCGGAGCCAGAGGCCUUUUUAAAUUUUGCACGGAGCCAAGAGCCGGAGCCGGAGCUGCAAAUUUGGCCUCGGCUCCGGCUAUGGGAGCUAAGAGCCGGAGCCAAAAUUUUGACCGUGGCAAUCUCUGGUGAGUACCAUACGAGGGGGAAUAAUGUAGCAUUCAGAGGAUGAAAUUAGUUAUCAGUCUGUCGGGAAAAUAGCGAGCGCUCUGUCGCAUAGCAAAUCGCGUUGCCGCCGAGAAAAUGAAUUGUGCCGUGGCAAGAUCAAAUUGCCCUUCACUUCAGCGAUUGGCGCACCUGCACUGUGACCAUUAUUUUUCCGACGGACUGAUAAAAAAAGAGGCUUUACGGCCAGCGAAUGGCCUCAAGCGCGACGCUCAGAUUUUUCGUAAAUUUUGCACACACUUGGGGAAUGGGACACAUAUCAAUUCUUGAAAAUUUUAUGAUAAAGUCUGCUGAGAUAAAUACCAUCGGUAAUUAAGUCUGUCGGGGAAAUGAUAAGCACUCUGUCAGAUGGCAAACCGCAUUACCGCUGAGAAAAUGAAUUGUGUUUAAAAAAUCAAGCUUCUUUUUCGCUUCAGCGACGCGACAGGCGCAGCGACAUAUUGCUCAUUAUUUUCCCGACAUGAUGAUAUACAAAGCAUACCAGUCGGGUUGUAAAGUCACUGGAGUCGCUUAGGCGAUAUGCACUGUGAGAAAACAACAGUUUGCCUUGUGCUUUUAACGAGGAAAAGAGCGCUGCAAGAAUACGAGUUGCUUGAGGGCACACGCCGAAUUUGGUGGUAAAAAGCAUACCCACCGUCCUUGUAGGUCCCUUAAUAGUUCUAAGAUAACUGAACCAUGUCGCUUACUCAAGGAGACUGAGAAAAGUUUAGUUAUUUUAGGUGAUCAGAAAGUUUUGUCCACCAAUUUUUGAAAAACCUGCGUAACUCGCCUAAGGACAGAGACACGAAAAACAGUUUUAUGUGGCACAUUCUGCCUGUCAUAACUAGUACACAUGCCAAUUUGCAAAGUGAUUGCGUUAUAUUCACUUCAGAUAUGGGUGGUCAGAGAUUAAUGUCCGGGAGUAUAGUAUAUGUAUUUCAGCUCGCUGGCCGCUACAAUGUUCGAGACAAUUCAUGCUCGUCGCGUCUUCCCCUGCUUCGACGAUCCCUUCUUCAAGGCCGUGUUUGUAGUGACGGUAAUUCAUCCAAAGGGGUCGCAAGCUCACAGCAACGCUGAGGUGGAUAUAACACAGGAUUUGGAGUGAGUGUCUACGGCAAACACCUUCAUAGUCAAUAACUUUUUCAGCAAAGAAGUGAUGACAAAGUUCAAGCCGACUUUGAAAAUGUCACCGUAUUUGCUGGCCUUUGCCGUGGGCGAUUUUACAGAGAGAGUUGUAGAGUCCAAAAGGGGUGUAAAGGUAUGAAAACCCCAUUUCUCGGGUUGACGAUACUUUGGAUUGCCUCGAUUUUGUACCCACUGUACACACAUUUUUUGAAACUUUAUUGCAGAUACGAUCGCUGGCUGUCAAGAUCUUCGAAGGCUCCGUUGACAAGGCCGCAAAGAUCGGCGCAGAAUGUCUGGAUAUUAUGGAGGAUUUGCUGCAAGUCAAGUACCCCAUGAUGAAGUUGGGUAAGUAGUAGGGUUGGAAUGAUAACGUCGUCCUGUAGACCACCUUGACACGAUCUCUCUCGGUGCCGGCGCAAUGGAAAACUUUGGACUUGUAACCUACGGCAACAAGCUGCCGUUGCCCUUUCCACUACCACUCAAGAUGGAGAUAGAAACAGCUGCUGUCGUCUGCCACGAGACCUCGCAUAUGUGGUAACUCUACUAUUAUGAGUUUUUAGGGCUGUCAAUAUAACAAAUAGAUAUUACAAAUAUUUGUGUCGUAUAUUGUCCGUUCAGGUUCGGCAAUCUGGUGACUGCGGAGCGCUGGGGAUUGGAGUUCCUCCACGAAGCCUUUGCCGUUUUUUUUGAGGCCGCUACAUUGCGAAGAAUCGAUCCCUACACAUUCACAGUAAGCUCCGUUUAAUGGCACAGACAUGUUUAUAUAGGAGUCAGCUAGAGUGGCGAAUAUCUUGGAAUAUGCUGAAGCCUUUGCGCAGGCCCCGAAGCAUCCGGUGGCUGCUGAUAGGAGUUAUUUUGACGGUCAGUUUUUAUUUGGCUCUCUGUUGUAAUUUGAUUUUUUAUAACACCUUUGUCAUUGCUUUGCAGAGGUCACCUACGGAUACGGCUCUGCAAUUGUCCACAGCAUGGAAGGGGUUUUCGGCAAGGAUACGUUCUACAAGGCCCUGCAUACGUACAUCAGCGAGAACAUGUACAAAAACGUCGACUUGGAGACUUUGCUGAGUAGCUUUGAAAGGGUGAGCACAAGUAAAUACUAGAUGGGCCUAUCAGGUAGAAGGAGGACUCUAUCGGCGUGUCCGAAAAACAAUGAGCAGUCUCUCGCAGCAAAAGUCAAUUCUCGCUGUUCUAAUAGGUACCAUAGGAUAUUUCAGGGACCUCAGGACCCAAAAAGUAGCUGAAAGCCACAACGACUUUGUGGGCCUGCAAGGUUCAAGGGUGUUCAAUUUAGGGCUGUAAAAAUCUUCAAAUUCAUGUUCAAGUUCAGGCGUAGAAAAAUUUCGUUGUCAGAAAAUUUUGUUGCCAAUUCUAACUAGGGAAGUGUACAUCCGAACCCUCACUAAAUGAUAAGUGACAUAUGCCAUUGAAGAGCCCUUAAAAAGGUCUUGAAAAGGCAUUCUGCAAAGAAUGAAAGUGGUGCCUUACACCAUUCUUCAAGGGCUUUCCAAUGGUGUAUAGUACUUGCCAUUUGGUGAGGAUCGGUUUGUGCAGUUCCCUAGUAUUAAAAUCAAGUUGAACAUGUAAAAAAACCAACUUUUUUGCUCAGAACUUCGAGAUUUGAUUGUGCAACAACGUUUGUGCGCCAAGAAAGGGUUAGUCUGAUAUUGCAGUAAAAAAAGAGCCGUGAUUUUAAGUCUGUCGGGAAAACAAUGAGCACACGUCGCUGCGGUGAUCGCGUCGCUGAAAGCAAUUUGAUUUUGUCGCGACACAAUUCAUUUUCUCGGCGGUGAUGCUAUUUUCGAUGCGACAAAGUGCUCAUUAUUCUCUCGGCUGACUGAUAAACGACACAACCUACACCUAGUUUUCCCUUACUUUUUUAGGCCGCUCCCUCGAAAUAUCUGUGUGAUAACCUGACUGUUAGUGAGUACAUGCGUGAUUACUUUCUACAAGCCGGAAGCCCUCUUGUCAACAUCACGUAUGACGAAAACAACCGGCUCAAAAUGAAGCAGAUCCCUUUCGAAAAUAACACCUUGUGGAAUGUCCCCAUCUUCAUGAAGAACCUCGAUACAACGGAGGAAUUUACAUACUGGCUGCUGAAGAAUGGCCGGCAUUGUGUGCAGAAUGCCAAAGGCCGCAUUGACAGCAGAAUGCCCUAUUUUUUCAACCACAACUCCAGGUCAUUUGUGAGAAUGCGCACAAAUCUUCGUGUCUGGGAGAGGGUCCGAAGCCAUCCAAGUUUUAUGGAGCUACCCGCCGAAAGUCAUAUUGCAAUGUGUGCGAAUUUGUUACUCAUGAAGCAGCAGGGAAAUAUGUCUUACGGACAAGUGCUUUAUGAUAUUGUAAAGCAUAAAAACGGAAGCGUUAACCCGCUCCUGUUCAGGUGGUUCUCGAACAAUAGUGCGGUAUGUAUUAUAUUAUACUUUAUCCGUCUGUCCGGAAAAUAAUGAGCACUCUGUCACGCCGAAAAUCGUAAGCCAAGAAAAUGAAUUGUGUCGCGACAAAAUCAAGUCGCUUUUCACUUCAGCGACGCGAUUGGCACAGCGACAUUAUGCGCAUUAUUUUCCCGACAGAUUGACAUUUGAAGGUUUUGAGACGGCUAAAAAGCGAAAUGUCUGAAGUUCGACACUCAGCGUUAGAUAUUCUGUGACAUGUUUUAUUUAUAGAUAGGCUACAUAUCAAUUAGUCAAAACAUAGGGCUGCGGAGGCAGUAGGAAAUGCCUACGAGGCCUGGAAAAGCCGUUGGAUGGUUGGCGGACACUCGGCAAAGGCUCGGCGAAGGCUCGGCUUGCAAUAUGUCCACCUUUUCUAAUGUUAGCUCUUAGUAACGUUAGUUUUCUUUACCCUGAGUUAUUACAACAUAUAAAAAACUAAAAUUUGCUCCAAAAACGAAGAUUCGUUGCUUUUGUCUAGACAUUAUUGAUGUGAGUAUACAUAAAAUACCUCAAAAUAAGCUCCUAGGAGCCGAUCAAUCUUAUUAUUUCUAUAAUAUUAUGUAAACCUUUUCCUAACCUCCGCCAUGCAUACAACGGCGAACCGAGGCGAUCCAUAGUAUUGUUGACCCGAAAAUCAAACUUUUCAAGAUAAAUUUGCAAAAAUAUCGACAUUUUUACCCAACUUUUGAAAAAAAAAUCUCGGUCGUUUCCGCAAAUCGCAAGCUAGCUGUGUCGUAUGCGUCAUAGAAAACAUUGACUGAAUUUGCGCCAAGUUUUAUGAAGAUUUGAACGUCGCACUUGGGGCACUUCUAUUUGAGGGUUACGCUUUCUGAAAGCUCACUGUAUGAUACUGGUUUUAUUGAGGAUUUGGCCUUAAUUCCUCAAGCCCAACAAGCAAAAAUUUUUAGCUCCCUUUUUUCUUUUUCAGCAUUACCUAGACAUCUUGAAGAUUGUCAGCGACAAAUUGAAUCCCAAUAGUACGGCAUGGGAGGACAGGUAAUUGUUUAUUUGCUACAGUGGCGGACCCGAUCUAGUGGCAAAAAACGUGCCAUUUUGGAUCCUGGAAAUAUCAAAAAAAAAUGUGGCAAAAUACCUUCAUUUCCAAGUGAAAAAAUUACGAUUUCAAAAGCGCACCUUCUCUUUUUACGAGGGACCCUUCAAAACGCAGUUUUUUUAUUUGAAGAGGGAGGUAUUUUGCCACAUUUUUUGAUACUUGCCGGAUGCAAAAUGCUACGUUUUUUGCCACCGGAUCAGGUCCGUCAUUGUAUAUCAAUCUUAGAAUACUCCACCUGUAAAAUUAGGGACAACUUUUCUCCAGACUUCGCGCGGACUCCAUCUUCUUGGAUGCGGUGCAAGCGGGUGUUGAAAGUGCAGUGAAAAUGGCGAAAAAGUUGUUCGCUGAAUUCACCAAGGACUGUGCUCAUGGAACCGAGGCCUUGGUGUGCGAGAAGUAAGUUAGAGUAGAGCGAAGCCUCGGUAUAACAAAAGUUGUCGGUUAAACGGGUUUAGAGGUGCUGAAAACUAAUCAGCACCAAAAUCUAUGUCCGUAGAACAAGCGAGCAAACUCCCAUAUAGCGGAACCUCUCUAUAACGAAAGUUUUUAUAUCCGUCUGUCGGGAAAAUAAUGUGGAUUUGUCGCUGCAAAAUUUCUGGCCUCGUCGCAGUCGCCAAAUCUCCAUACCUCGCUAACCGAUGAUGGGCGAUUCCAACGCGCGACAGAUCCAUAUUAUUUUCCCGACAGACUGAAAUAUUCAUUUAUUUGAGAGCUAAUAAACAGUGUAAUUUUUUCAGAUUUAUUCCUGAGUUCCGCUGCGGAGCGCUCUUCGAAGGAAACAAGACAAAGGAGGGCCGCCAAUUCUUGCUCGACUAUUUCCAACGUGUCGCCGAGAACCCGGUCAUUGCGUCGGGAUUGGCCCGCUACUCUUACACUUGCGACCUUCCGUUGAAGUAA